UCCGAAGCUCUCGUCCAUCUCUCGUCCCACGAUGGCCAGCAGCUUCGCCCGCAACGUCUUCCAGGGCCUGAUUCCUCGCCGCGAGAGGACUGUCGAUAGCCAAAGCCUGUGGAAUGCAAUCAAGAGCUUGACGUGGGUGCAAUGGGGUCAUUUCUGGUGCGGAUGGUUCGCAUGGAUAUGCGAUUCGUAUGAUUUCUUCAGCGUGUCACUGAGUGUGACCAAUCUCGAAAACCAGUUUGGCAAAAGCGCCAAAACCAUUACAACCGCGAUCACUCUAACGCUGCUCUUCCGCUCCCUUGGUGCAGCCAUCUUCGGCAUUCUUUCCGACCGGUACGGGCGCAAAUGGCCCUUGGUCGGUAACCUCCUCAUCGCCGCCGCGUUUGAGCUCGGUUCAGGCUUCGUACGAACCUUCCCACAAUUCCUUGCCGUGCGCUCGCUCUUCGGCGUCGCGAUGGGCGGUAUCUGGGGCCUUGCAUCCUCCACUGCGCUCGAGAACCUGCCCGUUGAGGCGCGCGGGCUGGCAAGCGGCUUCCUGCAAGAGGGCUACGCUGUCGGGUACCUCAUCGCGGCUGUGGUGAAUCUGACACUCGUGCCCGAGACAAGUACAGGGUGGCGUGGAUUGUUCUGGCUGGGAGCGGGCUUGUCGAUAUUGGCGGCGGCGUUCAGGGCGAUGUUGCCUGAGAGCGAGGUGUUUGAGCGGGCGAAGGCUUUGGAGAAAAGGAGUGGGAAGAGCGCGAUGGAGAAGACGAAGGUGUUCUUGCGUGAGACGAAGGUGAUGCUAAAGAGGCAUUGGAUAUUGUGCUGCUAUUCGGUUGUCUUGAUGACGGGGUUCAACUUCCUCUCGCAUGGAUCCCAGGAUUUGUACCCGACCUACCUCACGGACACGAAGGGGUUUAGCUCACACGACGCAACAGUUGCGACGAUCAUUGGGAACUGUGGUGCCAUCGCUGGGGGCACGAUUGCCGGCUGGGCGAGCCAAUAUAUCGGACGCCGGCUUACGAUCAUUAUCUGUGUCGUCAUCGUCGGAGCGUUCAUCCCUCUUUGGAUCAUUCCAAACUCGUUCAGCGCGCUCGCUGCGGGCGCGUUUUGCGUGCAGUUCGGCGUACAGGGUGCUUGGGGCGUUAUCCCUAUCCAAUUGGCAGAGAUGUCUCCUCCGGCGUUCCGUGCCACCUUCCCUGGGACAUCAUACCAGCUUGGGAACAUGGUAUCCUCUGCAUCAGCGCAGAUUGAAGCCACGGGAGCUGCACAUUUGAAGACGACAAUCAUCGAGAACGGCCAGACGAAAGUCGUCCCGAACUACGCCACUGUACAAGGAAUCCUUGUCGGUGUCGUUGCCGCGUUUGUCGUGCUAUGUACGAUCGUCGCGCCCGAGCACCAUGGCUCGCACUUCGAGAAGUACAAGCCCGCUUUUGAGGAAGGCGCCGGACGCGACGAGGAGAUGAUCGACGGCGAGGUUGCGGGAGGCAGUCCUGUGGAAUCUGAAAAGGUGUCCCGACCGCCAAGUGUGCAGGAGGUGCGCGAGAAGGAGGAUGUUUGACGCCUGGCGUAGAGUGCAGGAUGGGCGGAUGGUGACAUCAGUAGAUAACGAC